AUGUCCACUCCCAACCCGAAGGCUUUCCCCUUGGCUAACGCCCAGUUGACCAACCAGAUCCUGGACCUCAUCCAGCAGGCUUCGCACUACAAGCAGCUGAAGAAGGGUGCCAACGAGGCGACCAAGACCCUCAACAGAGGCAUCUGCGAGUUCAUCGUCAUGACCGCAGAUGUUGAGCCUAUCGAGAUUGUCCUCCAUCUCCCGCUCCUCUGCGAGGACAAGAACGUCCCAUACGUCUUCCUUCCGUCCAAGACAGCCCUGGGCCGUGCCUGCGGUGUGUCCCGCCCGGUCAUCGCUGCCAGCGUGACCACCAACGAGGCGAGGGAGCUUAACGCUCAGAUCUUGGCUGUUAAGAACGAGAUUGAGAAGCUGUUGAUCUAA